CAGGAGACCUGCAGAUAUUUGGGUCAGACAACUCCUGCUGUCCGGUCAUUUUUGGUCGACUUUUCAGGUCAUAUAAAACCUUCCACACGACUUCUCCAACCGUCUGAUGACUUCUACAAUAUUUCUUUCACAGCUUGUGAAUCCGGGUGAAGAUCUGAACAAUAUUAAUCCUACAGAGAAAUAUGUGAGGGGAGAUGAGCAGAGUACAGAGGACAUUCCUACAGAUAACCGCCCAGAUGACUGUACCAGGAACUUAGAGAAACAUCUGGUAUCUUCAGAUUUUAAAGUAGAAGAUUGUGGUAUCACACGAGAUACAUUUGAAGAGCAUGCCAAUAUGCAAGAUAUACCCUCAUCCAGUCACAGCCACAAUGCAUCAUUUGAUUCUUUUAAACAAGUCCGAUCUUCUCAUUCAUCACAGACUGUAACACAGAAUAAAAGUCACGGAAGAGGUGCUAAACAUCAAAUAGCUCACGUAAAAGAGAAGCCAUUUUCAUGUUCAGAAUGUGAAAAAUGUUUUAGAUUUAAAUCAGAACUUGUUAUACAUCUAAGAAUUCACACAGGGGAGAAGCCAUUUUCAUGUUCAGAAUGUGGGAAAUGUUUUCAGUAUAGAAAAGCUCUUGUUGUACAUCAGAGAAAUCACAAUGAUAAAGUCCUGGAGUUAAUUGUGCAGCAAACUAAUUUGUACGCCACACAGUUUGCUAGGGGCAUGAUCCGAGACCAGUGUAAAUCUCCGUCUCAGGAGAUAGUAUCGGAGACAAUCAAGGGCCCACUUAAUGGCUAA